UGCAUAUAACGAUGGAUGCCUCCAUCUGCGUGCAUCCCACGCAAGACGCAGGGAAAAGGAACAGUGCUGAUGCCGAUCUCACUCUCGAACGGACCGUUCCCACGGGCCGCCAGUUUCUUCUCCCGAUCCCUCCACCCCCAUAUUACUCUCGGGAGAAACAGAGCCUCUCAGAACCUCGCUAUGAACACUUUCGCCGCCGCCGCAACGCCGCCGAUGCCUCCCUCAACCAAAAAAACCGUGAAGGUCGUGAUCAAGGGCCGGGUCCAGGGAGUGUUCUUCCGCGACUGGACGGUCCAGAACGCCCGGGAGCUCGGCCUCAACGGCUGGGUCCGCAACCGGAGGGACGGCUCCGUCGAGGCCCUCUUCUCGGGAGACCCAAACGCCGUCAACGAGAUGGUCGAGAAGAGGUGCCGGGUCGGGCCUCCCGCAGCUGCCGUCACCGCACUCAACGCCUUCCCCUCCAAUGAAGAUCCCGGCCAAGGUUUCGAACGCAAACCCACAAUGUAAAAUUUGACUAGAAAUCAGAAGGGAUGUGAAUAUAAUUUGGAUAAAAAAGAGUGUCAGUUGACUAUCUGAAUAUAAUUGGCCUUAACGAUAUGCUGUUAUGCAACUUGCAGUAAUAAUGCAUAUGUUUGCAGAGCAUUUCUUGUUUUAUAU